AUGUCCUACACGACCCAAAAACAGUUUCUGAGCAUUGCGUUCCCGACCGAAGGCCCAAAGUUACCGAACCGCAAGCGAAGCGAUGCAGUCCUGAAGUCGUACAGCUCGUGCUAUGACUAUCGUGCCUGGUCCCGGGAUGGACUGAAACAGUCGCAGUUCAUAGAAGAUGUCGCCAAUCGGACAAUAUCGCAGGCGGCAAAAGUUCCACUUUACUCCUUCUCCGGGGCAGAGCUAACGAAAGAAAUUCUAGUUCGCCUAGAUGCCGACAAUCUUGCCGAUUAUAUCCUCAGCUUGAGGGACGAUGUGAAAAAGAAGCAUAAUUCGAUCGAAUCCCUAGAACAAGCUAAAACUGAGCUGGUGAGAAAGACCGAAACGCUCGAUGAAAAUCUGAAAGCGUUAGAUGAAGAGAACCGACAGCUUAGGGCAGAAAUCGAACGGAUCGUUGCGUGUCAGGAGCAGCAACGUGAAACAGCUGAGUUUGACGAGCAGGAGCUUUUUGAAAUCAGUCAAAUGAUUAUCGAUUUACGCGACCACAAUAAAGAGCUCGAGGAAGAAAUGACGGAUUUGCGGGAAGAGUUGAAAGCAUUGCAAACGACCGUUACUACUGAGUCGCCGAUUGGAGAUAGCCGAGCGAUCGUUGAGGCAGAGAACAAUUUUCUCAAGUUUAAGGCGAAGGAUUAUGAUCGGUUGGAAAGUGAGCUGGCACUGUUUAAAGCCGAGUAUGAAAACUUGACGCAACAGAAGCGGGAGCUGGCUGAAGAGGUCCAGCGUGCUCAGCAGUACCGUUUAAGGAUGGUGGAAUUGAAGCAGAACCUUAAGGAGGAACUACACCGUAGAGAGGUGUGUGAGGAACAGAUUGAAAUGUUGGUGAACAUGUACGAACAACAAUCAGUUGAACUGCAUCAGUUAAAGGCUCAAGCACACACGUUGGAUCGAUCUUCUCGUGAUCGACUGUUCGAUGAGUCAACGGAUGAUCAGUACGGUUCACAAACAACUAUCACGGAGAUGACCGUUGAAAACACUCGAGUGAACACCGAGAAUCCUGAAGGAGUCGAAGAUCGUCAUGGAGUUGAUGAGGAUAGUUAUUUGAAGGAAUCUGGUGCAUGUUCGAAUUGCGCUAGGAAUUUGGAACAAAUCCAAAAGCUGAAUUUAAAAAUCCAAGAACAAAAGCAACACAUCGAAGAAUUGAAUGAAAAUAUCAAAGACCAGACUCAACACAUCGAGGGGCUAAAACAACAAGCACAAUCCCAACAGCAAAACCAGGCUACCAGCGAAAUGAAAACGAUCUCCACAGAUAGUACAGUUCAGCAGCAGCAAAUAAUCGAUCUUCGUCAGGAAUUAGCCGAGUGUCAACGGCAAUUUGAAGAAACAACGGAAAUGUAUGCCACACUACGUGAAACUUCGAUGGCCGACUGUAAAGAGUUGGGACGCUUAAAGCUGCAACUCGAACAGCUAACCAGUGACUCACCAUCCGAUGCGACCGUAGGGCAGCUGGAGCUGCUGGCGGCAAAUGAGAAGCUAAAUAAUUUGCAGGAAGAAAAUGAACAGCUUCGGGCGGACCUUACCAAAAACAAAGCUCUGGUUGUUGAGCUAGAAACGAAAGUGCAAUCUUUGCCAAGUUUUCCGAUUCAGGCUGGUGGUGGUGUUGCGGAAUGCUGCGUGGAAAAGGCAGGGAAAAUUACCGAACUGGAGCAAAUCAUUUCCGGACUGAAGGAUGUCUCCUCUAAAGCGGAAGGUGUGACCUCAAGCACUGGUGAGGAAAAUGCAAAACUUGUCCAGAGAAUAGAUACGCUAGAAAAAGAGCUCCAGGAAAGGGAUCAGAAAUUGAAGACAUUACAGGAAACAACAUUGGUUCAGAGUGGUGGUUCGCUUCAAAAUACGCCUGGAGAAGCCGGUGUCGAUAGCACUCCGAUGGAUGCGUUGUUAUCUCAGCUGGCCGAAAAGAGUGCAUUGAUCGAGCAGCUUCAGGAAAAGCUGAAAUCUAUGGAUGAGAGUGCUGCACCCGGUGAUGAUGUUCGUGCUUGUCAGGAGGAACUAACCAAACUGCGGGCCCGUCUGGCGGCGUGCGAAGAGGAUACAAUAGACAAUGUUUCCAAAGAGUCGAGAAAAACCGUCCGAAUUAGUGACGAGGUGGAACAGUUUGAGCCUCUCUCUGUCAAGGAAGAGUUGGACCGGGAGCAGGAAGAGAAAGAAACGGAGGAAAUUAAACCCGAACGGGAGGAAGACGAUGAGAACAAUGCGUACAACGAUGCUGACGAUGAGAACGAUGCGUACGAUGAUGAUGCGACGAUGAAGAAACAGGACAGUUCGCUCGGCAAGCUCGAGGAAUUGCAGAACAACCUUAGCAAACGCCACUCGAUGAAGGCACGCCGAUCGACGUCGGGUAUGCUGGGUAGCGGAUUGCGCGAUUGCGACUGUAUACAGGCGAUAGCAUUCAAGAUAGCCCAGGGCGGACUGGAGCUGCUGCUGGUAGCGGAGCUGUACGUGUUGCUGCAGGAAAUUUGUGGUGCCAUCACGCGGAAGAACGCCGUGCUCGGACGUAAUGUGACGGUGCUGGCUAACAGCAUGACAAAGUGCUGGCAGGUCAUCACGGACGCCCGGGUCAUGAUGAACAUGGAGCUGACGGACCGUACUAACCACCAGUCGGUGGUCCAGUCGGUCGAAAGCAUGAAUGUGCCGGCCGAGGACAACCGCAGCCGAACCGCCAGUCACAUGGGUCAUCUGACUCGGCCCAGCCUUUGGCCCGGCAUGCUAGACACGAAACCAUUGAUUCCGGUGUACAAAUCGCUGUCGUCGGUUAGAAGUGACGAUAACAGACGCUCAAAGAUGGGUUCUGUUGAAGUGGACAGGCGCCGAACUAUAAAAUGGAUGGAGAAUAUGAAGAAAUCGUGUCGUUGA